GUGGUGCUCGCCCAGCCCUCUAGACGGUGUGGCUCUCGGGGUAUCGAAUGCUCUAUGCAUUUUGAUUAAAGCCCAAAUACCUUCAGUCUGAAGGCUGGGCACAGGAAAGGAAGAUCGGAGGGGCCUGGACUGGCUGUGUGAAGAAAAAAAUACUUUUCACUUAUGGCUGCUUAGAACAGAUAUAUCACAUUUUGGGAUUGUGGAAGGGACUGAAUUUUAGAUAACUUGAAGUCGCCCAGUUUUGUUCACGGUUGUGGGCGCCGAUCAUGGAGAUGCAAAGGUGGUCCACAAGGUGGAAAACGAAAAGGUGGCCUUUGGAUUCCACUUUAACCACAUUCAUCACUUUUAUGUUCGUUCUGCAGGCUGCCACUGUCAGAGCAGCUGAGCCGGUUGAUGUUCUAAAAGUAUUAGACUUUAAAAGUUCUCCUGAAGGCAUCAGGAAAACAUCAGGGUUUUGUGCAAACAGAAAAGCAUCAUCUCCAGACACAGCCUUCAGGGUUGGAAAGCAGGCCCAGAUCAGUGCCCCAACCAAGCAGCUAUUCCCAGGAGGAGUGUUCCCUGAAGAUUUCUCCAUCCUCACCACCAUUAAGCCAAAACCUGGGAUCCAGUCUUUUCUGCUGUCCAUCUACAAUGAGCAGGGCGUCCAGCAGUUGGGAGUGGAGGUCGGGAGAUCCCCUGUCUUCCUGUACGAGGACCAGUAUGGCAAGCCUGCCCCUGAGGAUUACCCUCUGUUCUCAACCCUUAACAUCGCAGAUGGAAAGUGGCACCGCAUAGCCUUCAGCAUCCACAAGAAAACUGUAACCAUAAUUGUUGACUGUAAAAAGAAAAUCACAAAACCACUCAGCAGAAGUGACCAUGCAGCCAUUAACACCAACGGCAUCACCGUUUUCGGUACCAGGAUUCUAGAUGAAGAAGUCUUUCAGGGUGACAUCCAGCAGCUGCUGAUUGUGUCUGACUCAAGAGCAGCUUAUGACUACUGUGAACACUACAGCCCAGACUGUGAAACUCCUCAGCGCCACAAGCCCCAGGCCCAGGAACCUGAGGAUGAGUACACUACUGACUUAGAAUACAAUGAAUUCUAUGAUUACAAUGAAGGAGAAUUAAGCGAAAUUACGACUCCUCCAACAGAAGAGGCCUAUCCUGAACCAGAGAUAAACAAUGUAGAUGGAGAGUACUAUACUGACAGUGAACUUGACUACGGAACAGUAGGCGGUACUCAGACUCAGUCGCCCUAUGAAACUACCGGACCAAUCAAGGCUGCAGAAGAGGAAAUUGUUGAUGACUAUAUUACUGGAGUGGACCAUGUCGGUCCAGAACCCACCAUGGCGCCGGAGACGGUGGAGGCCCAGACCCAGGACAGUGUGGACCCGUCGACCGAUUCAUAUGACUUUAAGGAGUAUGACCUUAAGGAGUACGAUACAGCUGAGUUUGAUAAAAAGCAGUACGAUUACGGGUUGUAUGACGAGUAUGGCACAAACGAGGGGGGGCCUACCGCCUCCACUUAUGAGGAUGAGAUUGGGCCUGGUGCCCCUGCGGAGACUGACAUCACAGACAGCAAGGUUGGAGGCGGCACUGGCUAUUUUGGUGAGAAGGGGGAGAAAGGUGAACCAGCUGUCAUUGAACCCGGAAUGCUGAUAGAAGGACCCCCUGGACCACCAGGCCCCGCCGGUCUUCCAGGCCCCCCAGGUCUACAUGGACCUCCUGGCGUUUCUGGUGAUCCUGGCGACAGGGGUGCUGCUGGGCGUGCUGGUCUUCCAGGUGCAGAUGGCUUACCAGGGCCUCCAGGCACCAUGCUGAUGCUUCCAUUCCGCUUCGGUGGGGACGGUGAGAAGGGCCCGGUGGUUUCCGCCCAGGAGGCCCAGGCUCAGGCCAUCCUCUCCCAGGCCAGGCUUGCCAUGCGAGGUCCUCCAGGCCCCAUGGGUCUGACAGGAAGAUCUGGGCCUGUGGGCCUUCCUGGUCCGGGUGGUCUUAAAGGUGACAGUGGAGAUCCUGGGCCUCAGGGUCCCAGGGGCAUUCAAGGGCCUCAGGGUCAGCAAGGAAAACCAGGAAAAAGGGGCCGGGCAGGAGCUGACGGCGCCAGGGGAAUGCCAGGGGAGUCGGGACCCAAGGGUGACAGAGGCUUUGAUGGACUUCCUGGUCUCCCCGGCGAGAAGGGACACAGGGGAGAACUAGGACCAGCAGGCCCCGUUGGGGCUCCCGGAGAGGACGGUCCACGUGGGGAGGAUGGUGAAAUUGGACCAAGGGGACUGGCGGGAGAAAGCGGUCCAAGAGGGCUUCUGGGACCUAGAGGACCUCCCGGGCCUACUGGACAGCCUGGUGUUGCUGGUGUCGAUGGCCCACCCGGUCCAAAAGGGAACAUGGGUCCUCAAGGGGAACCUGGGCCCCCAGGCCAGCAGGGAAUCCCCGGCACUCAGGGUCUUCCUGGUCCCCAAGGUCCCAUUGGACCACCUGGUGAAAAAGGACCCUCAGGCCGAACGGGGUUGGCUGGACUGCCUGGCUCAGACGGACCUCCUGGCCAUCCUGGCAAAGAGGGUCCUCCUGGGGAGAAGGGUGCAUUAGGUCAGCCCGGUCCUCAGGGGCCCAUCGGUUAUCCAGGCCCCCGCGGUGUGAAGGGCGCCGAUGGAGUCCGUGGGCUUAAGGGCGGCAAAGGGGAGAAGGGUGAAGAUGGUUUCCCUGGUUUCAAGGGUGACAUGGGUCUCAAAGGCGACAGGGGUGAGAAUGGCAUCCUUGGACCAAGAGGAGAAGAUGGGCCCGAGGGACCAAAGGGUCGGUCCGGCCCCAAUGGAGAGUCUGGACCCCUGGGACCACCUGGGGAGAAGGGAAAACUGGGCGUGCCGGGGUUACCUGGCUACCCAGGAAGACAAGGACCGAAGGGUUCGACUGGUUUCCCCGGAUUCCCUGGAGCCAACGGCGAGAAAGGAGCCAGGGGUGUGGCAGGCAAACCCGGUCCAAGGGGGCAAAGAGGUCCAACGGGUCCACGUGGUGCCCGGGGUGCAAGAGGUCCAACUGGAAAACCAGGCCCGAAGGGCACUGCGGGCAAUGAUGGUCCUCCUGGCCCGCCUGGUGAAAGAGGACCUCAAGGACCCCAGGGCCCCGUGGGUUUCCCAGGACCAAAGGGUCCCCCUGGACCACCUGGAAAGGAUGGGUUGCCAGGUCACCCAGGCCAGCGCGGAGAGACCGGUUUCCAAGGGAAGACGGGCCCUCCUGGUCCAGGUGGUGUUGUAGGACCACAGGGCCCUACUGGAGAAACUGGCCCAAUUGGAGAGAGAGGGCACCCUGGGCCACCUGGUCCCCCUGGAGAGCAAGGUCUUCCUGGAGCUGCUGGGAAAGAAGGAGCAAAGGGAGAUCCAGGCCCUCAGGGAACCCCUGGAAAAGAUGGUCCUGCUGGUCUGAGAGGGUUCCCUGGGGAGAGAGGCCUUCCUGGAGCUACGGGUGCACCUGGCUUGAAGGGAGGAGAGGGCCCUCAGGGCCCCCCCGGUCCAGUCGGAUCUCCUGGCGAGAGAGGAGCUGCCGGACCUGGAGGUCCCAUCGGCCUCUCUGGGCGCACCGGCCCCCAGGGGCCCCCAGGGCCCGCUGGAGAGAAAGGAGCCCCGGGAGAGAAAGGCCCACAGGGACCGGCAGGCAGAGAUGGAGUCCAAGGCCCAGUUGGUCUGCCCGGACCAGCCGGACCUCAGGGUCCACCCGGAGAGGACGGAGACAAGGGAGAAGUUGGUGAACCAGGCCAGAAGGGAAGCAAAGCAGACAAGGGUGAACAAGGUCCUCCUGGUCCAGCCGGUCUUCAGGGCCCCAUCGGAGCUCCAGGACCCGCUGGUGCUGAUGGAGAACCAGGUCCCCGUGGUCAGCAGGGCAUGUUUGGACAGAAGGGAGACGAAGGGCCUAGAGGAUUCCCUGGCCCCCCAGGACCAAUCGGACUACAGGGUCUUCCAGGGCCGCCCGGUGAGAAGGGCGAAAAUGGAGACGUGGGCCCGAUGGGUCCACCAGGUCCUCCCGGCCCAAGAGGACCCCAGGGUCCCAGCGGCGCUGACGGUGCUCAAGGUCCGCCUGGCGGAGUGGGAGCGAUGGGAGCCGUGGGAGAGAAGGGUGAGCACGGUGAAGCUGGUAACCCUGGACCCCCGGGAGAGCCUGGAACGGGAGGCCCCAAAGGCGAAAGAGGUGAAAAGGGAGAGGCCGGCCCACCUGGAUCUGCUGGACCCGCUGGUGCCAAAGGACCCCCAGGAGAUGACGGGCCAAAGGGGAACCCUGGUCCUGUAGGCUUCCCUGGAGAUCCUGGACCCCCUGGUGAGCCUGGUGUCGCUGGAACGGAUGGCACGGCAGGAGAGAAGGGAGAAGAUGGUGAACCUGGUCAGCCUGGUCCUCCUGGUCCAUCUGGAGAAGCAGGCCCCCCAGGUCCACCUGGAAAAAGAGGUCCUCCAGGAUCUGCAGGAACUGAGGGCAGGCAAGGAGAGAAGGGGGCAAAGGGUGAAGCUGGAGCUGAGGGUCCACCUGGAAAGACGGGGCCCGUUGGCCCCCAGGGGCCCCCAGGAAAGCCUGGUCCAGAGGGUCUCAGAGGAAUCCCUGGCCCUGUUGGUGAACAAGGACUCCCUGGCUCUCCUGGACAAGAUGGACCCCCUGGACCUAUGGGUCCCCCUGGUCUGCCUGGCUUGAAGGGUGACCCUGGCUCUAAGGGUGAAAAGGGUCACCCAGGUCUCAUUGGGUUAAUCGGCCCACCUGGUGAGCAGGGCGAGAAGGGAGACAGAGGCUUGCCUGGCCCACAAGGCUCUCCUGGCAAUAAGGGUGACAGCGGUAUUUCUGGUGCGGCAGGCCCCGUCGGUCCUCCCGGGCCUCCUGGCUUACCUGGUUCACAAGGUCCAAAGGGUUCUAAGGGUUCAAGCGGUCCGGUUGGUCAGAAGGGAGACACAGGACUGAUUGGGCCACCCGGUCCACCUGGUCCACCUGGUGAGGUCAUCCAGCCCCUGCCCAUCCAGUCACCCAAGAAGACCAAGCGGUCAUCCGACUACCAGGCCGAUGCAGCUGGAAACAUGAUGGACUACGCAGAUGGCAUGGAGGAUAUCUUCGGGUCCCUUAAUGCCCUCAAGCAGGACAUCGAGCGCAUGAAGUACCCCAUGGGCACACAGACGAACCCUGCCAGAACCUGCAAAGACCUGCAGCUUUGCCACCCUGAUUUCCCUGAUGGUGAAUAUUGGAUUGAUCCAAACCAAGGCUGCUCAGGCGACUCCUUCAAAGUAUACUGUAACUUUACAUCAGGCGGAGAAACCUGCAUCUACCCUGAUAAGAAAUCUAAUGGGGUCAAAAUAUCCACCUGGCCCAAAGAGGUUCCAGGAUCAUGGUACAGUGAAUUUAAGCGUGGUAAAAUACUGUCAUACGUAGAUGUGGAAGGAAAUAUAAUAAACAUGGUUCAGAUGACAUUCCUGAAACUACUGAGCGCUUCAGCCAGACAGAACUUUACCUACAACUGCCACCAGUCAGUGGCCUGGCACGACGCCACAACCGACAGCUACAACAAAGCGCUGAGGUUCCUGGGCUCCAAUGACGAGGAGAUGUCUUACAACAACAACCCCUACAUCAAAGCCCUCUCAGACGGCUGCGCGUUGAGGAACGGCUAUGGAAAGACUGUGAUGGAGAUUGACACUCCGAAAAUCGAUCAGGUUCCCAUCAUCGACGUGAUGUUCAGUGACUUUGGGGAUACAGAACAGAAGUUUGGGUUUGAAGUCGGCCCUGUCUGCUUCCUUGGUUAACCUGGCAGGAAGGACAGAACAGCGACAGCAAGCAGGUCGAGACUUGGUACCACCAGUCCUCCUCAUGCCACAUGCAAGUUUUGAAUAAGAAUGGUGUAGCAAACAUGUCUUGCCAUGUAUGUAUUAUCUAGGAAAUACUUGUUGCCCUUGUAGGGCCAGAAUCACAUGACUUAAACCCGUUAAGGAAAAUCGUGAAGGACAUGUGGUACCACAGCAGAAAGUGGUACCCCGGCAACAACACGUGGAGGUCCACAGAACAGAGAAACCCCCCCACCCCCCACACCCCCGUUUUCAGGAUUCUCCUGGUGCUGUAUGAAAAAUGACUACGAUGGUGCUUGUUCAAAACAGAAUAAAAUGAGGUGCUAAGAAGGUGUAUUUUGAUAAACUGUAAUUAUUAUUUUGUACAAUACUGUUCUUUAUGAAUCCACUUUCAAAACUUGCAUGUGUAUCAGAAUUUCAUCUGGCUCUUAAUUUUAAAUGUUGGUUACACACACAAAAAAAAUAUAUAAGUUUAAAAAAAUUCUAAUAUGUUGUCAAUGAAUACUGUGUACCUGUUAUGAAGCAAAUAAAAUGAGCAUUCAAACAAGUCCCUAUUUCUAAUUAUAAUGUAUCCCCUUUGUAUAUAUUGACCACCAAAAAAAAACCUCUGGGUCAUUUGCAUUUCCCUUCAAAACAUCGGGUAACAACUGGAAGAUUUUCACCAGCACACUAAACGCAACAUGUUUCAUUUACGCUGUUUCUUGUGCUCGUUUUAAGCAACCAUGGCAUUCAUUCUUCUUUUAUUUAAUUUUAUUUGUUUUUUUUUUUGUUUUGUUUUGUUGUUUUGUUUGUUUGGUUUUUGUUUUUGGUCGUAUACCUCAAACGUUUUAGGUCAUCGUUCGGCUGUGAGGAUGUUAUGCCCUGUAUAUACCUUGGUUAAACAAUUAAGUUUAUAUAUUUGGGAUGGGGAAUUUUUAAAGAGAAAAACACUUUCUUGUUAGACAUCUUUUGUUCAGAUCUUUUGUGAAUGCAAUGAUAAGCCCUCUUAGAUGACCCAUUUUUGUAACUAAAAUGAGAAAAUGUUUUAAUGUGCUUUUUAUGGUUCAUUCAAAAUAUUAAAACUGGAUUCUAAACAAAAAUGGA